AUGCGGACUUCCAUCGGAGUUUGCAGACAACAUGGCCGGUGGUUAUGGGGAGGUUGUGGUCGGCAGUUGGGCGCAAGGUGCCGUUCGGCGCGAUACGCCAGGACGUCUGCGCCGGAACGUCUUGCGGACAACCCGUUCCCGGAUUUCGAGGAAGGUCUGGAAAACGAGCUGGAUGCAUUGGGCCGGCCGUCGUUGCAAGAAGAAUGGCCCGACAUCAGCGGACAGGCCUCCCGUCCCAGCAAAGCCAAGCCAUCAGGCGUGAAACAUGCGCCAGACGAUUUGGGUGACUUCAUUCUUUCCUUGGCGGUACGCCGACAUAAGACAGGAUAUGCCCUACUUCGCUUCCGAGAUGCAUUGCCAUUGCAGUUCGGCUUGGUGGACUACGCAAAGCAUGGUGCAGAUGACGCGCAGAAGAAAGGAUUGGAGGUGUUGGCCGUCUUGCGUGAUUUGCGCCAGAUGGCUCCGCGGAAGCUAAUGCAGCUUAUUGGUGAGAGUGAGGACAUGGAGGUUCUGGAGGAAGAGUUCCGGAGCAGGCAGUGGAAGUGGAUUGUCGCCAUGGAUGACUCCACCAUUGAUCGCGGUCCACCUAAGACGGUUCGGGAAAGCCAUGCUCAACGAACUGUGUCGAUGUUGCAGGGGCUAGUGAUUGCUGACUGCAAGCGGAUCUUCAAAUCUGCGCCGCAAGUCAUCCAUCCCAGAAGGAGCCGCCUGAACGUGGGGGUGAAGGGCGGCCCAAAUGAAGAAGCAAGGAAAGAGUUGUUUGACAUUGCAUGCAAAGAGGUGCCGGACUUUCCUGUGAUUCGCCACCGCACUGGAACAAUCUCAGAGGACACGUUUGCCAUGUCAGAUGCGUGGGCAUCUGCCAGGAUGGCGCAGCGAGUGGUUCUUCUCGCCCAAAAGCGAGAGGACCAGAAGUUGAUGGCCUUUCUCCGCGAACAAGCUAUCGACUCGAAACCAAUCAAGAAGCUUGCGCAGGUGGUGUCGGAACUCUAUCCUCGACGUGAGAGCAAAGAACUCUCUGAUGUGAUGGAGAAGAAGAUCGAAGCAAUGGUCGCGGAGAAGCUGAACAAGAUCCUAAACGAGGAGCUUCGAAGAGCACGUUCCUGA